AUGCAGUUCACCCUCCUCACCUCCCUCUGCGCGCUCGUCGCCUCCGUCUCCGCCAUCCAAAUCAACUACUACAGCGACGGCGGCUGCGAGAACUUCAUCACCUCUCCUCCCAACGUCCCCAUCGGCCGAUGCUACGACUACGCCUGGGACGGGCAGAACAGCGCCAACAUCGCCAACUGCGACAGCAAUGUCUACGGCUGCAAAUGCUACUUCUAUGCCCAGGCGGGCUGCAAGGGCGCCGUCGAUUCUGCAAACACUGGUAGCUAUGAUGGCACCAACUGUGUUUCGAACUGGGGCCAUGGGUUUAAGUCUUUCCACUGCUUUGUCGAUCAUGGGCUUUAA